AUGGUCCGAUUAUACUCUGAGAUAUUAGCGCUGGCGGUUGGCCUUCUACCACUUCUUGUGCAAGGGACAGGUCUUAACACUGCAGCCGUAGCCAAAGGCCAACUUUAUUUCGGAACUGCAACAGAUAACCCAGAGUUAACAGAUACUGCAUACGUGACGCAGCUCAACAACACCGAUGACUUUGGUCAAAUCACUCCCGGGAACUCCCAAAAGUGGGACACGAUCGAGCCUACGCAAAAUACAUUCUCCUAUACCAAGGGAGACGUCAUUGCCAAUCUUGCAAAGGCAAAUGGCCAGAAGCUCCGCUGCCACAAUUUAGUUUGGCAUAGCCAACUUCCGAGCUGGGUCACCAGUGGUACUUGGACCAAUGCGACGCUACUUGCAGCGAUGAAAAACCACAUCACCAAUGUAGUGACUCACUACAAGGGAGAUUGCUACGCCUGGGAUGUUGUGAACGAAGCUCUUAAUGAGGACGGCUCCUACCGCGAAAGUAUCUGGUACACAACGAUCGGGCCGGCCUAUCUCCCAAUUGCCUUUGCGACAGCGGCAGCGGCAGAUCCAAAUGUGAAACUCUAUUAUAACGACUACAAUAUCGAAUAUUCCGGCUCCAAGGCAACAGGUGCCUUGAAUAUCGUCAAAUUGAUUCAAUCCUACGGAGUCAAAAUCGACGGCGUCGGUCUGCAAAGCCACUUCAUUGUAGGAAGCACGCCUAGCCAAAGCUCGCAAGCUAGCACCAUGGCUGCAUAUACUGCCCUCGGGGUGGAUGUUGCCAUUACCGAGCUUGAUAUUCGCAUGACGCUUCCAUCCACAGAUGCCCUUCUCGCACAGCAGAAGACAGACUACUCGGGUACCGUGGCAGCUUGUGUUGCAACAAAGAAAUGCGUCGGUGUCACUAUCUGGGAUUGGACUGAUAAAUACUCCUGGGUCCCUGGCACUUUCUCUGGACAAGGCGCCGCCUGUCCCUGGGAUGAAAACUACGCGAAGAAGCCUGCCUACACAGGUAUUCUGACUGCGCUCGGUGGCACUGCAACAAGUACCACUACUAGCGUUGUCUCAAGUACUUCGUCGACCUCGACAACAACUAGUAACGGUAGCUCUGCCACGGGUGUUGCCCAUUGGGGUCAAUGUGGUGGCAGUGGAUGGACUGGAGGAAAAACCUGUGCAAGUGGAUAUACUUGCACGUAUUUCAAUGACUAUUACUCUCAGUGUCUUUAG